AUGGCCCAGAUCCUGGUCCAAGACUCUCUCCAGCCUCCCCCCCAGCCGGCAGUGGGACCCUUGCCGGUGCCGCGGCCGCCGCUGUCCCGGAUCCCGUCGAGCCCCGGCCCCGGCUCCGGACCGGCGGCGGCGGCGGCGGCGGCCAGGACGGGCAUCGUCGUCUUCUCGGGCGGCAGCGCGGCCAACAGCCUCGUCGACGUGUUUGAGGGCGUGCGGCGGGCCAGCGCGGCGACGCUGAGCUACGUGAUUCCCAUCUCGGACAAUGGCGGCAGCACGAGCGAGAUUAUCCGCGUCUUUGGAGGGCCAGGCAUCGGAGACGUCCGCUCCCGCCUCGUCCGCCUCAUCCCAGCAGACAACAAGCCCGAGACGGCCGCCAUCAAGCACCUCCUCAACCACCGCCUCCCGCCUUCCUACGACGCCGCCCGCGCCGAGUGGUUCGACAUCCUCGAGGGCACGCACGCGCUGUGGCGCGACGUUCCCUCGCCCAAGCGCGAGCUCGUCCGGUCCUUCUUCAACAGCUUCAACCUCGAGGUGGUGAAGCGCGUGCGGCCGACCAGCCGCUUCGACUACUCGGGCUCCAGCAUCGGCAACCUGUUCCUGACGGGCGCGCGCCUCUUCACCGGCAGCUUCGAGGCCGCCAUCUGCCUGCUGAGCUCCAUCUGCGCGGUGCCGGACCGCGUCGCCGUGCUGCCGGCGCUCAACACCAACUUUGCGCACCACAUCGCCGCGGGCCUCGUCGACGGCACCGUCAUCACGGGCCAGAACGACAUCUCGCACCCCAGCGCCCCGACGGCCGCCGUCCCGCUGCCGGGCCGCAGCAGCGGUACCACUCCUGGAACGCACACGCCGGCGCUGUCGACGGGCCAUGACCUCGACGACGACGAUCACGACAACAACGAGCACGACGAGGAUGAAGAAGUCGAAGUCGAAGACGCCAACCUCCCCGGCAGCCUGCCCGCGCUGCGCCGCCCGGCCAUUGCCGUGUCCAAGCAGGACGAGGAGGACCUGCCCUGCCGCAUCGACCGCAUCUGGUACAUCAACCCGUACGGCCAGGAGAUGCGGCUGCCCGCGAACCCGCGCGUGCUCGACGCCCUGCGCGGCGCGCACACCGUCGUCUACAGCAUCGGCUCGCUCUUCACGUCGCUCGUGCCCAGCCUGGUGCUCAAGGGCGUCGGCGAGGCCGUCGCCAGCCCGCUGAUCCGCAACAAGAUCCUGCUGCUCAACGGCACGAUUGAUCGCGAGACGGGCCCGUCGAGCGACCCCUUUUCCGGGCUCGACUUUGUCGCGACGAUUGCGAAUGCGUGCGCCGACUCGAGGGGCUUGCCGCGCCCGAGCAGGGCCGAGUAUGCGCUAUAUGUGACGCAUGUGAUUUACAUUGAGGGCCCCACGAGUCCCGUCGUCGAUAGGCAGGCCUUUGCGCAGCUGGGGAUUGACACGACGAGGCUGUAUGGGCCAAAGGACGGGCAGGGCAAGGGGGGUCGGUACGAUGCGAAAGCGUUGGAGCAGACGCUGGAGAGCAUCAUUGGGCGCAAGGACACGCGGCCGGACAAGCUCCGCCGGAACACGCUGGUGGGAUGA